AUGACGGCAAUGGUCCUUCUGAAAAGGCUGAAGCAUCGACCGAGACCUCAGCUGGAUCCACGUACUACAUUGACUAAUGUUUCAUUUGGGACCGGAAAACGGCGGAAGAGUGUGCUUGGUCAAGUCCUUGGAACACUCAAUAAGGCGAAGGAUAAGGAACCAUGGGCUAGCGAGUCGAAGCAGGGAAGUGCAUUGCGGAGGACGGAUGAGAACGGGCAACCCGAUGCUGAGAAAAGGGCUGAGGACGAAGUCAUCUGGCGGGAUUCUGAGCGACCUGAUGCUGUGCAGGAAGAAGACAUCAUUGGUGUAUGGUUUAUUUACCUAUUCUGCGGUACCCCUUCUGCUUGUGGCAAUGGGCAACGGGAGCGCUCCCCCUCGUCGUGUCUUUGGUUUUUCGCUAAGCUAUAA